AUGCUCAAAUUCAUGCCACCUUCAGCAGAAUCGGCGUUUCCCAGAAAUGGGUUUAAAAAAAUCAAGGCAGAGUCCAACAUAGCGACCAUAGACGUGGGAGGCCAGCUCUUCCAGACCACCAAGCAAACCCUAAACCUAGCCGGCCCGGACUCGCUCUUUUCCAGAAUUUCCGAGUCAGCCUCACCUCAACUCGCUCCGCCGUUCAUUGAUCGAGACCCGGAGCUCUUCUCGAUUCUCCUGUCGCUUCUCAGAACAGGUAAUUUGCCCUCAAAGGCCAAAGCUUUAGACCUGCAAGACCUAAUUUUCGAAUCCCAAUUUUAUGGCAUCGAAACGUUUUUGAUGAAUUCGCUAUCGAACCCAUCUCAUUUUGAUGCUUUUAACCUCGAGAAGUCGUUGAUUUUGCCCUUGAAUGGCCGAGACUCGCCGUCUGCAAUUGCCACGACGCCGUUUGGCUCGGUCCAUGUAGCUCAUGGCAGUAAAAUCACGUCUUUUGAUUGGUCGCUCAGGAAAAAGUCGACGAUUUUGACCCAAUUCACCGCCGUCGAUUCGAUGCUAGCGAUAUCGCCGAGGUUGGCCGCGGUGGGGGCAACUGACUUCUCGGGGCUCCAAAUUCUUGACCUUGUAAACGGGUUUGUGAAGGAGACUCUCAAUUGGGAGAAUGUGACGAAGACUGGCUCAACAGUGCAAGGAAUUGGGUCCUCACCUGAGUUUCUCUUCGCUAGUUUCGAAUCAGCUCGGAGGAACUCAAAUUCCAUUAUGGUUUAUGAUUUAAAUAGCUUGAGCCCUGUUAAUGAGAUUGGUCAUUAUGAAAUUUAUGGUGCCGAGAUUAAUUCAGCAAUACCGGCCACGAAAUUGAAUUGGGUUUCGGGUUAUGGUCUGUUAAUGGCGUCUGGGUCUCACAGUGGACCUUCAGGAGUAUUGGGUAACAUUAAAUUUUGGGAUACAAGGUCUGGGAAUGUAGUUUGGGAAAUCAAGGAGAAUGUUGAUUGCUUUUCUGAUGUCACAGUUUCUGAUAACUUAUCAGCAAUAUUCAAAGUUGGUGUGAAUACAGGCGGGAUGUUCUUUGCGGAUUUGAGAAAUAUAGGUGCAGAGAAUCCAUGGGUUCCUCUUGGUGAAAGGAAGAAAGUGGUUAAUGGGAAGAAGGAAGGUUCUGGGUGCAAGAUUGAAAGCCAUGGAAGCCAAGUGUUUUGUAGUAAGGGAGGCAACAUAGAGCUAUGGUCAGAGGUAGUGGUGGGCUCUAAGAAGAGCAGUAAAAAUGGGAUGGAGGAUGAUAGGCUCUUCAGGAAGAAUUUAAUGGGGAGAAUGAAGGAUAUGGGAGGUUCCAGGAUAACCAACAUGGCUUUUGGAGGGAACAAGAUGUUCAUGACCCGGAAGGAUCAGCAAACUGUUGAGGUCUGGCAGAAUUCAGCUAGAGGAUUUUAA